AAUCCGGAAAUUGAAAUUUCGUUCUUUUCCGGUAACGAGUUAAAGGGCAAAAAUGGCUGCUAGAGAGAAAACUCGCGAUGAAUUAGAUAUGCAAACUUUACGAGAAUUAGCUUCUUUACCUGCAAAUAAAUUCUGUUUCGAUUGUGGUCAGAGAGGGACUACUUAUGUUAACGUAACAAUUGGUGCUUUUGUAUGUUCUGCUUGUGGGGGCCUUUUACGUGGAUUAAAUCCACCACACAGAGUUAAAUCUCUUACAGUGUGCUCAUUCACAGAAGUAGAGAUGGAUCGCAUAAAAAGUAGGGGGAAUGAAUAUUGCACUCAUAUAUGGCUUGGAAAGUAUGAUCCUAAGACAUCAGAAUUUGAUUUAUCAAGUCCAGAUAAAAGAAAAGAGUUUAUGAUCUUAAAAUAUGAAGAAAAGAAAUUUUAUGUUGAUCCAAGAGAAGCUAUUAAGAAAAUGAAACCUCGUGCCCCUGCAGUUCCUACAAGUAUUACUAAUUCUGUUACUAGGAGUCAAACUGUUAUUCCAAAUAAGCAACCCUCUCAAGUUCAGAAAACAGGAGUAAUUUCUCAGACUUUUUCUGCUGGAGACAUCUCAAGCAAUACUGUUCCAGAUUUAUUUAAGGAUUUUGAAAAUGAUCCAUUUAAAGAAACAAAGCCAGCAGUCAAUUCAUUAGAUGGUGCUUCUUUUGCUGACUUUAGUAGUGCCUUCGGUAACUCUGGUUCUAAAACUGAAACAUCUUCCGGCCAGACACAAGCUUCCACCAGUGUUAGUUCCUCAUCUAUCAUUCCAAGUACUCAGAGCUCUACAAGCCAUAAAAAACCAGCUCCUCCUCCCCCGGAUCGUUAUGCUGCAUUGGCUGAUCUUGACAACCAGCUUCAUCAGCAGGCUGUAUCAGAGAUACCUGCAUCCAUUCCAUCCAUGAUUGUAGUGUCUUCAAAUGCUCCAGUAUUUUGGACUCCUCCAACCAUUAGCAGUGCUGUGUUUGUUCCACCUACACAAAAUCCUUUUAGUAACACAGCUCCUACAUGGUCCCAGCCUGUUACCUGUGCUCCCAAUCCAUUCCAAUCUGUGGCUCCCCAAAUCCCUGUGAGUAGCAAUGUGUUAUCUCAACAGAAUAUGAAUGGAAUUUCCAAUGCAGCAAAGCCGAGCUUACCCAAUGGGAAUGUUGCAAAUUCAUAUUGGCCUUCUGCUCCUAGUCCAGCAUGGGGUGCUCCGUUUCCAAGCAGACAACCAGAUCCCUUUUUAUUAAAUAGUGUCCCAGCUGUUGAUAGCUACAAUCCUUGGGCACAAGCUUUUACUUCUAAUGGUGCCAAUCCUUUUGCAAAUAACUCUACUGUACCAGGGCAGUCCACAAAUGUACCACAGACAAAUACGAAGAAUCCUUUUCUAUGAUCUGAGAAAUGCACAGCACUUUUUGGGGGAUAUUUUAUGAACAUUGUUCUAACCUCUGUGAUGCUCAAGUUUUGUGAUCUUUCUAGCUUUCCUAGCUCGCCAUAGCCAGCUUCUGUAAAGGUCUCAGAUUAACAUGGUUCUUUGAAAUGCAUUUUUCAUAUUAAAGGAGUUUUAUGCGUUGUUGAUUAUAAAUAUAUUUUUUCAAUUGCUGUUAGCACAUUUAAAAUUUUUAAUAUUAAUGUUUCCUAUUGGUAAAUGAUUCUUCUGCUUACAUCCUGAAAGUAAAGUUUAGAAAUGUGUUCAAGCCAUUAGUGGCAAAGUAGCUUUGAAAUAUAUUUUUAUUCUCUGUAUCGUAAAAAUAUAGUUUAUAUACUGGGAUAUAAAAAGGAUUCAUUGAUUUAUCACCGCUUUCUUCCUGUGUACUAAAAUAUUCAUUUUAUAGUAAAUGUUGUUCUAUUGCCUUUUUAGAGAAACUGUUUUUACUCCUUGUCAUUCAAUUUGCUUAUUUUAAAUGUUGAUAUUUUAUUUUAUAUUUGUAAAGUUUAUAUUGUAAACAUUCACCAUGUGUUAAGAUUUUUUUACAUGGAUUUUGCA